AUGGAAAUGGAAAUGGACAUUGACCCGAGCCCCGCACACCAGCGCUCCUCGCGCAAGCACCUACGCUCUAGCGACGACGAUGACUAUGAUUGGAGCUCAGACGUAUCGGGCCAAUUCGACGACGCCGAAGAAGGGCACGCAGACGAGCACAGAUCGUCGGUAGUGAAGCAGACCAAACGACGUCGUUCAAAUGACUGGCCGUUGCCCGAGGAAGCCGCUGAUUACGGAGCCCAUGAUCGUCGCACUCAGAACGGGAGUCUCGGCGUGAGCGCAAAUGGCUCAGGUUACAAGAGCUCGCCACGGGCUUCACCUCGCGGCUCACUCGCUUCUUUGCGCGCUCGCCAUGCCGCCGCAUCUGCUUCCAGCCAACGCCGUCCCAGAGGACGGACAUCGCGAUUCGUCGAGGCGACUAUGAAUGAUAGUAUCAGUGAGAAACCGCCAAGUAUCUACUUCCAGGACCAGGAAAACAAGCACCCUGGCCUUCAGCGUCGCUCAUCUGGUAUUUUUCGUUUUGGGAAGGCCAUUGCCUCGGCGUUUAAUCCGUUUGGUGGAUGGGGAAAGAACUCCGAGGGAUCGCUUAAUAAGUCGCCGCAGAAGGAUGUUAUCACCCAGGCGGAGCAGGCCUAUGCGGAAUUGAAAAAGGCAGGCUACAAGGGUACAAACAAGGGUCAUUACAUGGAGGACCUUGGCGUCAACACUGCCGUGGCCGACCAGACCUGGCAGUCUAUCCAGCACAAGAUGGGAUAUGGUUCGCCAAUCAAAGAGUCGCAUUGCCAGUCAAUUGAUCACAGAAGCCAUGCUGCAUCCUCACGAUCUGAGUCAUCAGCAUCCAAACGCUCUUCUCUUCAGGAUCUUCGCCUGCCGAAGUCAUUCUUCCAGAAAUCCCAUGGAUCGCCACCUGCUUCCCCAGCAGUGUACUGCGAUAUAACUUCUGAUGAUAACGAGCCAACUGAACUGCGCAAGAGACCAUCCCGCAGGGAGAUAUCACGUCAAAACAAGCUGCUCAAGAAAGUUAGCAACCUCGAGGACAAGCUGCAACGUGCACGGCAGGAGCUUCGUGACCUCACAGGCAACGAGGAGCGGGUCCCGGCACCUACAGCCCAACCAAAGGCCCUCAGCACCGAGAUGGAUCCCGCAUCGUUCCCAAGGAAAUUCGUCCCUGGUGCCCUUCCCACUCUGCCGUCGGAAAGGCUUCUGGAUCAACAGGCCGUAGAAAACGAGGCGUCUGCAUCCGAAGCGGCCAACCUGACGGCACUGCCAUCCAUGGAAGGCCGCGAAACUUUUUCAUUUGAAGAAUCGCGGCCUCUCCCAACCUCGGCUACGGCCCAAAGUCCAAAACGGCACUCGAAAGGGUCACAGCCGUCAUCCAUGGGUAAGGACCGCCCUUCCCGUAAGAGGAAGUCUUUCAUUCCUGAACCUAUCGAUAGUGGGGAUUCUCCUCAGCCCAAUUCGACGGAAGGCAUCAAAGAUCACGAAAGCGAGCCCGGUCUCAAGGAUCUGAUUGACCACGGUCUACUUAGCCCACCCGGAAAAGCGAAAUGGCAGAAAUCCGAGGCCGGCGAGAGCCCCGGCUCGGCCAAGCGUAAGCAAGCCAUCGACGACGCAGCUCCCUCGACCGAGCACGAAGAAAAGGAAGCAGGAGGAAAUGCAAGUGCUACGCGCAACAUCAAAAGGUCCCCCUACGUUCAGCCCCGAAAAAUCUCCGGACCCACCCGCUCACCAAGUUCCAAGCCUACAACCCCUCUCCGUAUGAAGAAGAGCCCGACCAGCCUGCGUCCGGCGUCUUCACCUGCCGCUGCCUCGGACAACGAUUCUCGUUCCAGUAUCUGGGCCACGCCUCUGCCUGCUCCACCAACUGACUCCCAUCGCGACACCUUCUACCACCAUCCACAGCGCCAGCUCAAUCCUGAUCGUAGCCCUCGCACUCCGACACGGCCGAAGAUGGGUCAUACUCGGAGGCGAUCUGGGUAUCUCUAUGAUGACGAUAUUCCGCCCGUACCACCCGUUCCUGAAGAACUUCGCUCGAGUGCUGCCAAGAUCAAGGUGAAUGUCAAUGUGAAUAGGUCGCCCAGGAAGAGACCUGUGUCUGCUCCGGUGCUCUCCCCGUCAUCGGCUUCUGGUGCGGACUCUGUGAUCUCUGGCCUUGAGGAUUACCUCUGGCCGGAGGAUAUUUUCUAA